AUGCUUAUUUCAAGCCUCCUGUUUCUGGUGGGGGCGCCAAUGAUCCUCGCCAAAUGCAAAUGCCCUUCGGCUUCGACAUGGAAAACCCUCAACGCUACUGUGGAUGGAAAGCUUCUCCGCAAUGAACCUAUUGCCAAACCAUACUAUCACGGAGAGGGUUACAGUCAGCACAAAUGCCAACAGAUCAGCUCGAACUGGACAACCAACUCGUGGCUGGCGGGAUUCCCCACUGGAUACAGCUAUCCCACCAUUGAGAGGUGUCCCGCCAUCAAUGCCACGCUGGGGGUCUAUCACUACCCGCAGUGCGAUCUGGGUAAUUACCCGUGUACACCACCAUCAGAGCAACCAAGGCAAAGGACGUCGCCGCCGGCAUCAAAUUUGCCAGGUAUCAUAAUGUGCGACUGGUAG